GACGGUACGGAGUGGAACUGUAAACGAUGACCAGAAGUUGGCGCAUGGCUUUUGUCACGGCUGUGGCAUUGCUGACGAUCGGCUUCGGUUAUGCCGAGUACGUCAUACCCGUCAUCAAAGACUGUGCCGCCAACGAAACAUGCUCGGUGCAACCAACGGCGGUGACGACUGCGGUGAUGGCGACGACAAAAAAUGUGCUCAAAACGACUACUGUCGUAGAUGGUGAAUCGAAGAUAGUUCGUUACGACGUCCCCGGAAACGAUUCCAAAGGAUCCACACUCAAGGACGUGAUCUUGGUUGAUGACAGAACCGUCGUACCACUUAACGGUGACAAGACCAACGGUUCUAAAAACGCUACUUCAAACACUUCAAACAUCGGUGUCAUUGUUAAACCUCCCGUUGGAAAAGCUAAUGCCAAGGCAACUGAUACAAAUUUUCUAAUAACAAAUGCAACCAAUUUUACCAGUACCACAACCACCACCACCACCAUACCUACCACCAUCACUACCACGACCACCACUGUCUCCACAGAAUUUACUAGCGUCUCGCCGCGGAAAUACUUGUCCGAAUACGGCGCCGAAGUUGUACAUUUUGUUCCCAAUAAAUAUUGCCUCUGUGACCUAAUUUAUGCCAGCUGCGACAUAAAUUGUUGUUGUGACAAAGAUUGCACCAGUCACGAUUUAAAGGCGUUCACAUUGUGUCCUGAUGAACCCAAAUCUACUUUAAUAAAGCACGAAUCGAUCUUAUUCGAUUCUUCAUUAUUUUACGUAGUGAUUGAAAACGUACCAUCGGAUUAUUUUUAUCCCGAACGAGAGACCAUCGAAUCUGAAACGCAAGUCGUAACUUCUCUUCGAAAACGGGACGUGUUCACUUGGCACGAUGAAAAGAUUAUCAGCAGACAUCAUUACCCUCACACUUCUACACUUCAAGUGAAUUCCUCCGUAUUCAAUAACUACGACCUCACUUACAAGUCUUUGCGAUGGAUGUUUAACAUUGUACCUGAUGUAAAUUAUUCCGAAAUAAAACCAUUCGGAUUGAAAAACAGUGCUAUCGAUUCGCUCUGCAGCGUCGAACAACCUGUUGAAUAUUUGAAAGCAAAAGAAACAAACUGCAAGACGUUCGUAUCCAAUCUAACGGAAGUUUGUAACAAUCACUCAUCGUUGAGCUUCAAAUUCUACUAUGACGAAAGAAGACUGUUCAAAGUGGUGCAACCUAUUUACAAUAACGUCCAGAAGACCGAGAAAAUCGGUUUGGUCAACAUCCAAGCGACGACCUAUCAUCACUGCGUCUCGGUGAACGGAUCAUCGUACGAUUGUCAAGUGGGCAAAGUUGGAGUCGGUAACAGCGGAGAAGACUCUCUGUAUCGUCCGCGCUACGAUCCGGUUUACUCGGGCGGUGUUUGUCGUCGGGUAGUCGAUACGGUCAAUUACUUGGUGGUGCACAAUGGAUCUAGAGGCGUACGUCGUGUAGACGUACACUUCUAUCACCGAGACGUACCGGACGCCGGUCGCCCCAUCUACCUUGACCAGAAGUUCGGUGUUCGUUUCAUCUGGGCUACGGUCCAGUCAGCCGUGGACUCGUAUGAGCGGAGUGGCAAGCCCGGUUACGUAACCGGGAACCCGGUGCUGGUAACCAUGGCCAACAAAGAUGUAGUUAAACUUCGAAUCCCAAAGCCGAUGAACUUACCGGAACAUAACGGAUACGGUGUGUGCGAUGUUCAUACUACCGGACCUCGACAGCUCGUCAACUUUCUGGAGAGCGUCGAUAUCCGGUGUCGCGUCCAAGUCAAACACCGAAGUAUGCAAUUAUCUAAGAGACCUGAAGAUCAUACCACCCCCGGUGGUGGCGUAUCAUUCGUAGACAUUUGUAACGAUAUUCAAAACGAAACGAUGGCGGUACUCGGAAAUUACGAAGGCGCCCUGGUGGCCAGUCUCGGCGACCCGGACGUGUCCAGGUGGAUUCCGUUCGUCGUCGUCAAACCGCCCGCACAACAGUCGCCGGUCACCGAACAACACUCGUGCCCGUCCGUCACGGACGCCGUGCACAUACGGGUGUUGUACUCGCAUGUGGGCCCGUUCGACGGCCCGCAGGCCACCGUGCUGGGCGUGCUGGCCAAUUACACUUCGUCGGCCGUUACCGUCAGCGGCAACGGCGAUCGAUCGGUGGUCGCCGAAGUGCCGGUCAGGGUAACCGUGGUGUUCGUGGACCUGACCCGGCCGCCCGUCCGGACGUUCGCCGAACCGCCCACGUACGAGUUCAGGCUGCCCGAAGACUUUUACUACCCGUUCUGGUCGUCCGGCGCCGGCCGACCGUCGCGCUCGGUCCGCAAAGUCCAUUUCGUCGCCAUCGUCGGUCUGCAGCUGUUAUUGUCGUACCUACACUGCUACGGACCGUACUCGUCGCGAGUACCUGUUUAGCGUGCUGUACACGAGGCAUAUCACGUGUACGGUGUCCGCUUCCUCUGCGGCGGACAAUAAAUCACUAAAUAUUACUAUUAUCUGCCGAGUUGACAUUUUUAUUUCCAUAAUAAUAACACAUAUAUCUGCGUUGUGUAACGUACACGGCAUAUUUUGUGAUUCGACAACCAAAUAAACUUUACCUCGCAGUAUGAUAUUUUGGUAUAAUUAUAACGGAAUACAACUGUAUACGGUCGAUUACGGGUGUUGACCAGUUGCCCUCGACGGCUGUUUUUGGCAUUUUAAAAAUGUACCAGCUGCAGUCAAAGACAACGAAUCUGCUAAUUUCCCUCAAACCGAUGUACCUACUAGUUGCCCUCGCAUAUAAAUCAUAUUUAUACAUAUAUAUAAUAUAUUAUUAUAAUACCAAUACCAAACUGUAAAAUAGAAUAGGUAAAUAUGUAAA